AUGAAAAUCAAGGAAGUUGCAUGUGUUGAUCAUAGUGAGUUUGAGAAACAAAAUCAAUUAUGUUGCAUGGCUAGAAGAAUGAAGAAAAAAUUUAAUAAAUAUUGGAAUUCUUAUAGUGUUGUGCUAUCAUUUGCUGUCAUCUUAGAUCCUAGAUAUAAGUUGCAGUUUGUUGAGUGGUGUUAUGUGAGGUUGUUAGGUGGUGAGGGAGUACAAGUUGCAAAGGUGAUUUUUGAUAAGUUGAAAGCUUUUUUUCAAGAAUAUCUCAAGUCCUCAAAUGAAGAAAGCACUUCAUCUUCACAAAGGUCAAUUAGAGGUAGUCCGAACAUUCCCUCAAAUGACUUGCAGGAUUUUGGGAGUUACGAAAGUAAAUUGUGUGGACCAUCAAAAGAUGAGUCUGAUUUGGAAAUUUAUUUGAAUGAAAAAAAAAUUGAUCAUGAGCAAUAUGCUGAUUUGGAUGUUAUGCAAUAUUGGAAAGCAAAUGAGGGUAAAUAUCCUAAACUUUCUAUAUUGGCACGUGAUAUUUUGAGCAUUCCAAUUACUACAGUUGCAUCAGAAUCAGCAUUUAGUAUAGGUGGACGUAUACUUGAUAAGUAUCGAAGCGCUCUUUUACCCGAAAAUGUUGAAGCAUUGUUGUGUACACAUGAUUGGCUUUGUGGAACUCCAGCUGCAUUUGAUUUUGAUGGACCCGAUUUUGUUGAGGACCUUUCAACCUUCUUUUCCACAACAUGA